GACGGCUGUUUCGAAUCAUUUUUGAAUUCGCAGCGAACGGAAACGAACGAACCGACGGAAAACGCUCCUUCCCCGUAGUGACGAUUUAGAAACGGUUGCAUAGAACCAGUGUGUGUGUGUGCGUUUGUGUGAUAGUGUUUUCGAACUAGAGCUAGAAGGGUGUGAUAAAUAGAUAAAAACAUUGUGAUAAAAGCACUCGAAGUGCAACAACGAAGCGAGAACGAGUAUAUACAUAUUGAGAAACUCCCCAGCCACGAAUUAACGCACCCAAUCAAGUCUGGUUUGUGAAAUUUCGGUGCAGAAUUAGUGCUGUUUUUUUAAACGUAAGGAAGGUAGACCGUUUGUUGUUGGUUUUUUGUGAAGGACGCGUCAGGCCGUAUAGAUUCCAAGCAAGAUGGUUGUACUAGCCAGUACGAAAACGAAACAUCUGUCAUCGACCACAACCACCACCACCUACCGGCAAAAGAGCACUACCAUCAAGAAGCGGUACCGUGAUUCGUAUCGCGUGAUGGGUGGGUUUGAGCAGCGUCCCUGGACACCGACGAAGCGGCGGGGCCCGAUCGCGGCAGAACACCGUGGCCCAGGGCCACAAUAUCUUCUACCACAACUACUCGGUACGAAAGUGGUAGACUCGAAACGGCAAGCCGCACCCGCCUACAGCUUCGGCCAGCGACACAAACCACGCACGGAAUCGUUCAGUCCGGGCCCCCUCUACAACAUCACCGGGCUUGGCUGCAAGGGCAAGGAUGCACCGCCGGCCUACUGUUUGCAGAGCCGUCCGAAGGAGAUCCCCAAAUAUCUCACGCCAGCGCCCGGUGAAUACAACAUCGAAAAGGCGGACAAAAUGUUGGUGAAAUCGGCGCCGAAGUAUACGUUCGGUGUGAAAAAGCCACCGAAUCCGACCAGCCAAACACCAGCUCCCGGAGACUAUAAGCCGGAACGGGUGACGUUAGAUAGCACUCCGAAGUUUUCGUUUGGCAUCAAGACCGAAAGCAAAAUACGCAACGACACGCCAGCACCCGGUACCUAUUCGCCGGAGAAAGUAUUGAAAGACAAAUCACCGAAGUACAGCUUCGGAUUGAAGGUGAUACCGGAAAAGAUUGAAGAGACGCCUGCACCCGGAGCUUACCAGCCAGAAAAGGCACUAGCGCUGGAUAAGAAACCGGCCUACAGCUUUGGGCUGAAGACGAUCAUGGAGAAGCCGAACAACACUCCAGCACCUGGAGCAUACGAGCCUGAAAAGGUAAAGAUAAACAACACGCCAUCGUACAGCUUCGGCAUCCGGCCCGCAAUCGAGAAGCCCAACUCUAACCCUGCACCGGGCGCUUACGAGCCGGAAAAGGCCAAGAAGCUGAUCGAUCACUCACCUGCAUUUGCAUUCGGCAUGCGCAUCAAUCAUGACAAACCGAACAACACGCCCGGUCCGUCUGCGUACCAGGUGGAGAAGGUGAAUCUAGACCAUCAACCGGCCUACAGCUUUGGAAUGCGCACGAACGUCUCGAAACCGAACGUAACGCCCGCGCCGGGUGCUUACUGCCCCGAGAAGGCGAACCUAGACUCGACGCCGAAGUAUAGCUUCGGCAUUCGACCGACAAUCGAUAAACCGGACAAUAUACCCGCUCCCGGAGCGUACUCUCCCGAGAAGGCCAAAGUAGAUAGUAGCCCGGCGUACAGCUUCGGUGUGCGCUCGAAGCCAGAGAAACCAAGUGCCAAUCCUGGUCCGGGUGCGUAUGACGCGGAUAAGGCGGUGGAUGGAAAGUCACCGGCGUACUCGUUUGGACUGCGACCGGAUGUUGCAAAACCGAACAAUAUACCCGGGCCGGGCGCGUACAAUGCUGAUCGUGUCGACCAUGCUACACCGUCGUAUUCGUUCGGUGUUAAGACACACACGGAUAAGGUGGAGCGAAUCCCGGGACCGGGUGCGUAUGACGCAGACAAGUCGUUGGAUAAAUCUUCCCCAGCAUACUCGUUCGGGGUGAAAACGAACGUACAGAAGCCAAGUUUAGUGCCUGGACCGGGUGCUUACGAUGCGGAUAAACACGACCAUUCGUCACCGUCGUACUCGUUCGGUGUGAAGACCCACGUAGAAAAGCCUAGUGCGAUCCCUGGACCGGGUGCGUACGACGCGGAAAAGGUAGAUAAGUCCUCACCGGCGUACUCGUUCGGUGCCAGGACAAACGUGGAGAAACCGAGCGUAGUCCCCGGGCCUGGAGCUUACGAUUCGGACAAAGUGAAUGAUAAGUCUACACCAGCGUACUCCUUCGGAGUAAAGCACAACGUGGAGAAACCGAGCGUAGUCCCCGGACCUGGAGCGUACGAUUCGGACAAAGUGAAUGAUAAGUCUACCCCAGCUUACUCUUUCGGAGUAAAGCACAACGUAGAGAAGCCGAGUGCUAUUCCUGGUCCUGGCGCUUACGAUGCGGACAAGACAAUUGACAAAUCAUCUCCUGCUUACUCCUUCGGAGUAAAGCAUAGCGUAGAGAAACCGAGUGUAGUCCCAGGACCUGGAGCGUACGAUUCGGAUAAAGUGAACGAUAAAACUACCCCUGCGUACUCCUUCGGAGUAAAGCAUAACGUAGAAAAACCAAGUGCGAUUCCCGGCCCUGGCGCCUACGAUGCGGAUAAAGUGAUCGACAAGUCUUCCCCAGCAUACUCCUUCGGAGUAAAGCACAGCGUGGAGAAGCCGAGUGCGAUCCCGGGUCCAGGAGCGUACGAUGCGGAUAAAAUGAAUGAUAAAACAACUCCGGCGUACUCCUUCGGAGUAAAACACAGCGUGGAAAAGCCGAGCGCUAUUCCUGGCCCUGGAGCGUACGAUUCGGACAAAGUGAUCGACAAGUCUUCCCCAGCAUACUCGUUCGGUGUUAAAACGAACGUAGAGAAGCCCAGUAUUAUCCCCGGACCGGGUGCAUACGAUGCAGAUAAAGUGAUCGACAAAUCCUCCCCGGCGUACUCGUUCGGAGUUAAAACGAGCGUCGAAAAACCAAGCAUUAUUCCUGGCCCCGGAGCGUACGAUGCGGACAAAGUGAUCGAUAAGUCUUCCCCGGCGUACUCGUUCGGAGUUAAGCCACACAUCGAAAAGCCCAACAUUAUUCCCGGACCGGGUGCGUACGACGCGGAUAAGGUCGUGGAUAAGUGUUGUCCAGCGUACUCGUUCGGUAUUAGGACCAAUGUAGAAAAGCCUAGCACCAUCCCAGGUCCCGGAGCGUACGAUACCGACAAGGUACAGGAUUCGCAUACACCGGCCUACACGUUCGGUGUGAAGCCUCAGACGACGAAGGUGAAUCCUACGCCGGCGCCAGGUACAUACUCCCCAGAGAAGUAUGUGAUCCACCAUCCAGCUUUUACGUUCGGGGUGAAGCCACAUAUCGAUAAGAUCGAUAUUAUCCCAGCUCCUGGCGCAUACAAUCCGGAAGCAGUAAAGCUAGACAACAGUCCAGCUUACACGUUUGGCGUGAAGUCGGUGAUUGAUAAGGUCGAUAUGACCCCGGCACCGGGCACGUAUUCGGUGGAGAAAGUGAAGCUUGAUCAUUCGCCGGCGUAUCCGUUUGGAAUAAAGGUGAACCGAGAGAAGCCGAAUGAUGUACCAGCUCCUGGAGCCUACAAUCCAGAUAAGGUGAAGCUGGACCACUCUCCAGCGUACAGUUUCGGUAUUAAGCAUAAAGGUGAAACACUUCGCGAUACACCGGCACCAUCGGCCUAUCAACCGGAAAAGUGUAAAACUGACUGUGCCCCAGCAUUCAGCUUCGGCGUGAAGGUAAAUCACGAAACGAUCACUCACGACGGUCCAGUUGUGGUGCUGAGUGAUGAAUCGGCAGCUGCAGUGGCUGCUUCGUUGAAAACGUUGAAGCUCAGCAACGGUACCUCGACGGUUGCCAACCGUAGUAGCGAAUCGAGGAACGUCUCCAACACCGCCAGCUCCAGCACGGUACAGAAUGGACAGGGUGGUGAAAACACGUUCACGACCGUCACCACCACGAGAACAUCGGGCGGUUCGAUGAAGGUGGUACGCGAGCGGAAGACAACGACCGAGGAACGGUCGUCGGCAAGCGUUGAGGCGAUCGGUGAAGGACUGGUCCCGAACUGCAUUGCAGGCGUGAAGCAGCUUGCCAACGUGCAGCAUCAGCGUAUGGUGUGCACCGGGCACUUCAGGGCCUAGAGAAGAGGUCCGCCCAUAGACAGAUAGCGGAUGUCCUGCAUCUCUGGACGCCCCUGGACGCCUCCUGUUACUGUAGUCGUUUGUCGGUGCAGUUAGUUUAGUAGUGUUGCUCGUGUUACGAUAGUUUGUUUGAAUGGCAGCGUAGUACUUGUACUUUGCUUUCGUUUUGUGUUCCUAAUCGCUUUCGCUGCUACCCAUUUACGACCUGCACCUUCCUGUGUUGGUCUAGUUCUCAAACCCACCCUACUGGCUUAUUGUGUGUGUGUGGCGAGAGGAAGCGAUCCUCCAGGGUCUUUAGAUGAUGCGCUAUUUGAAGCACCUGGAUCGUGAUUUGUCUUCGUUCUCUAUUUCUUUCUCUGUCUCUCUCCGAAUUUUUGAUCCUGAUGCUGAUGUAUGUCUGAACGAACAAAAUCCCCCCCCCCCCAAAUCGUGCCAGCUCCAAACGAAUACCACAUCCCGAAUGUGCUCGGUUCGAGCAAGGAAGGGCCGAUCCGUUCGGCGCCAGCCUACACAAUCACCGGCCGACAGAAGCAAACUCUUCCUGAGUGCAUUGGGUUCCCCGGUCCCGGUCACUACGAUGCGAAGAUCGAUCCGCUGGUAAGACGGGCCCCGAUGUUCUCGAUGGCAACCCGGUUCCGGCGACCGACGGACGAAGCGCUCAAGCCCGGACCGGCCGCACACUAUCCGGAAAAGGUAGGCAACCGGCUUCGGUUUGACGACGACGUCGGUGGAGUCUCGUUAUUUAUCUGCUCUGUCUGUGCUUUCCCUUCUUUCAUUGGGGUUCAUGUGAAAAAACUGGGAUUUUGUUUUUGUUUUCUCUGUACCAUUCUCAUGAUUUUGUUGAAUUUUGAACGUUUAUUGCCACCAGGGUUUGAAUCUGUUCCAAAGAGUUCCUGCCUAUUCCUUUUCCAUUCGGCACUCCAACUAUCUGGCACAGAAGGCUCCCAGAUAUGUGAACAGCUUGAAACCAUGCUUCUGGACAUGAAGAUGCGUCAUCGUUGAAGCAUUGUAAUUAUAAUCAUACUCUUUUUUUCCUCCCCCGGUACGUAUCUCUCGUGCGGGGUUCUGUUUUUCCGCGUGUGUCAUCCUCUUCGUUCGCUCAUCGACGUUCACGCCUCACAAUCACAAUGCACCACCUACUUAGAUAAACCUCGGCCACGUACCAGCGUACAGCUUUGGCAUCAAGCAUUCGGAAUAUUUGGGCGAUUUUCCGGAAC